AUGUCUCACUCACUUGCGACGAGUUGUGACAAGACAGGACUCAAAGCAAUUCUGUUUUUGCAAGAGUUUGCUGAGGUGGACUUCUACUGCCAGCGGCUCAUGACUCUGCGGCCGAGCCUCAAGCCAGGAGAAUCUACUGCAGUGAGCCGUGCCAAAGAGCUGGUGAAGGACAUGGAGAAGGAGGUCGCCACUUCGCGCCGCAACCUCCAGGGGAGCACAGGGCCACUAGCUGGCUCCAAGAGCAAUUAUGAGGUGUUGUCGCAAUCUCUCAAGGAGACGCAGCGACAAUGCGAGAGUCUAAACCAAGAGAUGGUGCAGCAAGCUGACGGAAAUGAGAAACUGGUGGAAUCUAUGGGCAGCGUCAAGGCAGCCAACAAGGGGCUCUUGGAGCAGAUCCGAUCGCAGCAGAAUGACAUCGCGCAGCUCACGCAGCAGUGUGUCAGCUGCGAGGAGCAAGCGGAACAGCUCCGACGUCAUCAUGAGAUGGAACGGGAACAGUUUCGACAAGAUGCGCAGCAUCAGGCCACAAUUCUUCGGGAGAAUUGGGCUGAGCGGAGUUGCGAGGUUCAAAACAAGCUAAGAGCGCAGUUGAGGAGUGUGGAGCUGAAAGCGGUGUCGCUGCAAAGCACCGUCACCGAGCUUCGUGGAGACCUGCAGGCAAGACGCAGUGAUGCCAUCGCCCUCUCCGCAGAGGUGGCUGCCUGGCUCAGCACCUGGCAGCAGGAUAUCCCUCUGCAGCUCUUGGAACCGUUUCAAAAGCAACGGCAAGCAAAGACUGCCGUUGGAAAGUCGAUCAGCAUGGGGCUUGGAGAGCUCCUUGAGAUUCGGCUCCUUUCUGCAGCCACGGGGGACACCUUGCUUCGGUUGCCCAAAGUGGACAGAAGCUGCAAACUUGGAGUGCUGAAGGAGAUGAUAGAGGCCGCCCUCAGAAUUCCCAGACCUGCGCAGCGCCUGUUGUUCCAGACAGAGGAACUGAACCAGGAUUACAACACGUUGGGAAGCCUCCUUCCGCAGGAUGUGAGGUAUCUUGAUCUCACAAUAAUCAAGCAGCAAACUCCACCAGAUGCUCUUUUUAAAGAGGCCCAAGCUGGCAAUGGAAGCACCUGCUUGGCCAUGUUCCAACUACCUGACAUUGAAGAACUGCUGCAGUACUUCGACGAGGCAACUCAGAGAAGCUGCCUUCAUGCAGCGGCGGAACAGAGACUUUCGGCUACUUGCCUUGCGAUUCUGGAAUCUCCGCACUUCCCCCACUUGAACUUGGAAAGCAGCGGAAGGAUGACGGCGCUGCAUGCGGCCAUCAGAUCUGAUUUGCCAGAUGUUUGCAGGGCAAUUCUUUCAAGAAGCGACUACCAAGGGCGCGCUCGAGACGCCAACAUUGGGGAGCUCUCGGUCUUGCAUUUUGCCAUUCUGUAUCGGCACGUUGCAGCUCUUCAAGCUAUGGUCCCCUUGCUGAGCCGGGAUGCUUUGAUCGAACCUUUUCCCGACUGCCGGUUCUGGGCGAAUGGCUGGAAAAUGUAUGAAGGCUGCCGCCCUCAGCAAGUUUGUGAACAGAUGGGUUUGACAGAAGCUGCCAAAGCCAUCAGUGAGAAAGCACCUAUGCCAGAGGCAUGCUCAGAGCUGUGCCCAGUGGCGCCCAUACAUUUGGAACCCAGAGAACCUGAAUGA